AUGCCGACGCUAUUGCAGACAAGCGUCAAGCUCUAUGCGUUACAAGAGGUCGCCUUCGCUCCCUCUUUCGUCCUGAUACCCGAGAUUGACGACCUGUCGAUCAUCAUGGGGCUAUCAACCGAUACAGACGUCCCACGUAUGAUCACACUCAAUUGGGUCAUAGUUUCACAAGGUUGCACAUCCCGAUACUUUCUAGAAGCUGAGAUUGUUCGUACAGGCAAGCAACUCCUUGCUUGGGUUACAGAGAUCGGAAUGUCCGAACUGCUACUCUGUACUGUUCGUGCCUUCCAUCACUUGUUGCUCCUCAAGAUUGGAAAGGGUCAGAAAAAUUGA